UAUUUUUUGAAGUGUGUUGCGAAUUUUUUGUGAGUACCCUCAAUUUUUGAGGAAUUAUUAGUACAUAUAUAAUAUACCUGAUCCUGGCCCAGAUUUUUUUCAACGGUUCUCCAACCGAAUUUAUCUUGUAUUUAUCUAUUAAAUAACCAAUAAAAAACAAUUUUAGUUUCUCAACCGUAUUUAUUUUAAUUUUCUCCCUUCAACAACCGAUUAAAUGUUUUAUCUGUUCAUUACCCAGAAAAAACCAAGAAGCAAUUUCAAAUGGCUGUAGUCUGACUAAUCUAUACAAUUUCAACAUCUGUUUAAAGCUUCAAAAAUGUUAAAAAUUUUUAAAAAAUUUGUUAUAUAUCUCUUAUUUUUGCCACACACUUUUCCACAACCAAUUGGCACAAAUGACAGUAAUGAUGUUGAACAACUGGUGCAAGAAGAAAUCGCUCCAGUGUUGAAAAUAUUUGAAAAUUUUGUAAAUACUGAAGAUAAAGAUACAAAAACAAAACUAUUGCAGAAAGGAGAAUUUUUGGGUGAACUAAUGUCACUAGGGAGAAAAGCCAUUAAGGCUGACAUGCUUUUGGAAAAUCUGGGAGCUUUGAAAACGGAGAAGGAACGGAGUGAUUUAUAUCGUGUGCCGCUUGGUAUUGGACAUCGUGUUGAUCAAUUAGAAGAACUACUUUCUGCGGGAUCCGAUAUUGUAUUAGGAGGUGAACGAGACAAAAGGUGGAUAAAAAUUUUAGAACUGGACACGCCAAUUGUCAAAGAAUUUCGUGACAGAAUUGUCAAAGGAGGAUUGGAUGUAAAUUCAUUUGCUAAGAGUGUUCAACAGAUAUGUCCGGAACGAAAUGAUAGAGCAGGAUAUGGUGAUGUCUCAUUACCAGAAGUACUUCAAGAAAACAGUGUUAUAGAAAUUUUGAAAAUGAUGAAAAUUCCUAAAGAUCAAAAUAAUGUAAUUACACUUCAGUUAUUAAUAUCUCCUUUAACAUUACCCACCCCCAACCAUCAAAAACAAAAUAAUAAUUUGUGAUUUAAUGUAAGUGAUUUAAGAUAUUUAGUUCUUUUAAGAUUUGAUUUUUUUGAAUUGUAAAU